UACUACGUUUUAACUGUCAUUGUCAAAACAUAUUUUUGCCUUUGUUUACCGAUUGUUGUAAAAGUAGAAUAUAAACCGAAAAAUUAUGCUAAAUAAAGUUUUGUUAUCUACGGAUGUAGCUUUAGUUUGCGUCCAACAUGCUCUGUCCACGGAAAAAGAAGAAAUCAUGGGAUUACUUAUUGGAGAGGUGCAUAACAAUGGUCGCCUUGUAUCAAUAGAAUCUUCUGUUAUACUAAGACGUUUAGAUAAAAAGCCUGACCGAGUGGAGAUAUCUGAAGAGCAACUGGUGCAAGCUACGCUUAGGGCUGAAGAGUUAGCUGCGGAGGUGGGCAGGCCGUUGCGUGUGGUUGGUUGGUAUCACUCUCACCCACACAUAACUGUCUGGCCAUCUCAUGUGGAUUUGGCAACACAAUCAAUGUAUCAGCGAAUGGACUCCAGUUUUGUUGGAAUCAUUUUUGCAGUAUUUUUAACUGAGCAAACUACAAAGGCUCCAUCGGUACAAAUAACUUGCUUUCAAUCAAUGAAUGAAGGAUCAAGUCAAAGCCGAAGAGAGAUUGAGAUGGAAAUUGUCAACCAGAAUGAUUCCUUGCUUAUGAAUAAUUUUGAGAUUUUAACCCAAUUGCCAACAAUAUUAAAAGAGGAAGAGGAUGAAGCUUAUACUAAUGAAGUGGGCCACAGCCAAAUAGAUGAUAUUAUAAAUAAACAACACAAUGCAGCUGUCAGAACUAUUGCAAUUGGGCAUAUUGUGGAGAAGAUGUCCCGACCCAUGUUAGAAGCACUUGUAGCCAGAAAUUCACUCAACAGUAUCCGUUUAAGAGCACUAAAAAGACAACACCAAGAAUUAAUGUCUCGUAUGGAAAAUAUGACAUGUAAUGCUUCCAAAUAAAUUUCUAUUUGUUAGCAUCUAUUUCAUAAUCACAAGCUUUAGAACUAAGUUUCAAUGACAAUAAAUACUAAGAAAUACAAAUA